CAUGCUUCAUCGCGUUUCCCUCCGAUCAGCAUCCAUCAGCCCUCCUUCUCUUUUCCCCAUAUUUCAAUUUCCUUUCUCUUUCAAAUCUCUUCACCAUUCCCUUCUGCACCCUGCUAAGCAACAGUUCUUCUCUGUUCGUCAUGUCUACGACUGCAACGUCAGGAUCCAACAACUUUCGAGGGCCGCUGACAUUAAAGCUGCGCGCCAACUAUUCGAUAAUAUGCCAGCUCGAGAUGUUGUCUCAUGGAACUCUAUCAUUACAGCCUACUGGAAGAAUGGGUAUCUCCAAGAAGCAAAGAAACUCUUUAAUUCAAUGCCUGGCAGAAAUAUACUCUCCUGGAACUCCAUGAUCGCAGGUUGUGUUGAAAACGGAUGCUUAGAUGAAGCCUUCCAGUAUUUUAAAGCAAUGCCUCAGAGAAAUACGGAGUCUUACAAUGCCAUGGUAUCUGGGUUUGUGAGAUGUGAGAGGGUAGGGGAUGCAGGAAUGCUUUUCCAAGAAAUGCCUAGAAAGAAUGUGAUAUCUUAUACUGCAAUGAUUUAUGGGUAUAUGAAGGUGGGGGAAUUUGAGAAGGCGAGAGCUUUGUUUGAUGAGAUGCCGCUUAAGAAUGAUGUUUCUUGGACGGUGAUGAUUAGUGGGUAUGCUGACAAUGGCUGGUUUGAUGAAGCCAGGGAGUUGUAUCAGCGGAUGCCGAAUAAGAAUGUUGUUGCUAUGACAGCUUUGAUAUCGGGGUAUUUUAACGACGGGAGGGUGGAGGAUGCAAGGACCUUGUUUUAUGGAAUUCGGUGCAAAGACCUAGCAUGUUGGAAUGCAAUGAUAACAGGUUAUGCACAAAACGGGAUUGGAGAGGAAGCACUGAAGUUGUAUUUGGAAAUGGUUAAGCUGGCUAUCCAACCGGAUAUUUUCACCCUUGUUUCUGUUACCACUGCGUGUUCUGGCCUUGCAUCCAUUAAGGAAGGCAGACAAAUGCACGUGCUUGUUAUAAAAUAUGGGUUUGAGUUCGAUCUUUCUUUGUGUCAUUCCUUGAUUACAAUGUAUAGUAAAUGUGGUAGCAUUCUUGAUGCUGAACAAGCUUUUGGACAAAUUAAUGGAACAUGCCUUGUUUCGUGGAAUACAAUCAUUUCUGCAUUUGCACAGCAUGGUCUCUAUGAAAAAGCUGUUGAUUUCUUCAACCAGAUGGAAGUGGUUGGUGUUGAACCAGAUGGGGUAACUUUUCUUAGUUUAUUAUGUGCUUGUGGUCAUGCAGGGGAAGUAAAUAAAAGUAUGGACUUUUUUGACCUAAUGGUAAGAAAAUAUGGGAUUCAUCCAAGACCUGAACAUUAUUCUUGCUUGGUUGAUAUAUUGUGUCGAGCAGGUCAGCUGGAAAAGGCAUCCAAGAUAAUACGAGAAAUGCCUUUUGAAGCUGAUGGUGGAAUCUGGGGUGCCCUUCUAGGUGCCUGCAGUGUUUAUUUGAAUGUAGAAUUAGGGGAAUUAGCAGCUAAGAAACUUGUGGAAUGGAAUCCACAUCAUUCAGGUGCUUAUGUUGUUUUGUCCAAUAUAUAUGCUGCGGCUGGCAUGUGGGAUGAAGUCACAAGAGUGAGGCUACAGAUGAAAGAACAAGGAGUGAAGAAGCAAUGUGCAUAUAGUAGGAUGGAGAUUGGUAAUAAGGUGCACCACUUCCUUGGAGGGGAUCUCUCUCAUCCUGAAACCGAUAAGAUUCAUUUAGAGAUUAAGAGUAUCAGUUUACAAAUGAAAGCACUGGUUAAUAUUGCAGAAAUUGAUUUAUUGUGGGGUGGUUUUGGUUGAUAUAUAUCUCAAUAGGAGUUCUGAUUCCUGAUAGAAUUUCAGGAGAAAAGGGGAAGCCACAGGUGUCGGUAGAAACCUGUGAAAGCAAUCUUUUAACAUAAUCGUGGUUCUAUUUAUCUGCCAUCAACUCCUUGGGCUGCUCUCUUUGCGACUUUAGGUGGUGAUUAAUGGAUCAUCAACCCUUUUACCCCAAUUUCGGUGCAGACAAUUACUGACUAUUUCAGCACAUGCCACAAAGUCGGUGACAGAAGGAACUGCUCUUCACACUUCCACACGUUUGGAUGGUUUGUUGGCAUUGUUCCACCUGUAUAUUACUGAUAGAGAAUGGAAUUAUGGUGGAAUUCAUGCUAAAAGAUCCUGCGAGAGAGUUCCACCCAAGUCUUUUCUGUACCCGUGAGUGACUGUU